AUGGCGGCGGCGGUGUCAGCUGGUGUCAACGGUGUGCCGGCACAGGACGAGCUGGUCCGCUCGGUCACCCUGUACCGCCGCCGGCCCCGGCUGCUGGCGGGCACGGUGCUUCCGUUCUCCAUUCUCUACCCGGCCUGGCUGUACCUGUGGGUGGCGGUGUACGGCGUCAAUGAGUACCCGGAGGCCGGGCUCAUCUGCCUGGCGGCGCUCGGGCUCGUGCACGUGCUCACCUUGCUGUCUGGGCUCUGGUCUGUGCACGCGCACUGCGCGCUCUCCUGCUCAAAGGACCCAAACCCAAAGACUGCAACAUUCGCUAAAGUAGUACCUACUCCCAACAAUGGAUCUGCGGAGCUAGUGCCAUUACUGAGAGAAAAGAGUGAAGAUGGGAAGGAGACCCUGUCAUUUGAGUUCCAAAAAAUAAAAUAUUCCUAUGAUGCUGAGGAGAAGAAAGGUUUCUUUCCUGUUGUGUUUCCGUUGGAGCGUCCCCUGUCCUAUUACCAGAGUUCUAAAGGAUACCUAGAAGAAGCUGAUAUCAAAGUUGCUGAGAAGAAAUAUGGAACUAACAAAGCAGAGAUGGUUGUUCCCGAUUUUCUUCAUCUGUUUAAAGAGAGAGCCAUUGCACCGUUCUUUGUGUUUCAGGUGUUUUGUGUGGGCCUCUGGUGCCUAGAUGAAUAUUGGUACUACAGCGUCUUCACCCUCUUUAUGUUGGUGGCAUUUGAGGCCUCUCUGGUCCAGCAACAGAUGAGGAACCUGUCUGAGAUCAGGAAGAUGGGUAACAAGCCUUAUAUGAUUCAGGUGUACAGAAAUCGGAAAUGGAGGCCAAUCUCUAGUGAUGAAAUCAUCCCAGGAGACAUUGUGUCUAUAGGAAGGUCAGCCAAUGAGAAUUUGGUUCCUUGUGAUGUUCUGCUGCUCCGAGGGCGAUGUAUUGUGGAUGAAGCUAUGCUGACUGGAGAGUCUGUCCCUCAAAUGAAGGAGCCCAUUGAGGAUUUGGAUCCAGAUCAUGUCCUUGAUUUAAACUCUGACUCCAAACUGCACGUCAUUUUUGGUGGCACCAAGGUGGUACAACACACUCCUCCUCAGAAGGCGACUACAGGCCUUAAACCUCUUGAUAAUGGGUGUGUGGCCUAUGUCUUAAGAACUGGAUUUAACACUUCCCAGGGUAAGCUCCUGCGUACAAUCCUGUUUGGGGUCAAACGUGUCACUGCCAACAACUUGGAAACUUUUAUUUUCAUCCUCUUCCUCCUGGUGUUUGCCAUCGCUGCCGCUGCUUAUGUCUGGAUAGAAGGUACCAAAGAUCUUAGUAGAAACCGGUACAAGCUAUUUUUGGAAUGCACCCUGAUCUUGACCUCGGUUGUGCCCCCUGAGCUGCCUAUUGAGCUUUCCCUGGCAGUGAACACCUCGCUGAUUGCUCUGGCCAAACUCUAUGUAUACUGUACUGAGCCUUUCCGAAUUCCAUUUGCUGGCAAGGUGGAGAUUUGCUGCUUUGACAAGACUGGUACAUUAACCAGUGAUAGCCUAGUAGUACGGGGAGUGGCUGGCCUCAAAGAUGGAAAGGAUGUAACUCCUAUUUCUGAGAUUCCCAUUGACACUCACCGAGUGGUGGCCACAUGUCACUCUCUUGUACAGAUGGAUGAUGGGACAUUGGUUGGAGAUCCACUGGAGAAAGCUAUGCUUACAGCUGUGGACUGGGCCCUAACCAAAGAUGAAAAAGUGUUCCCUCGUGGCAUCAAAACCCAGGGCCUGAAAAUCCACCAGAGAUUCCAUUUUGCCAGCGUCCUGAAGCGCAUGUCUGUAUUGGCUUCCUACGAACGUCCUGGUUCCACUGAUCUGUGCUGCGUGGCUACUGUGAAGGGGGCUCCAGAGACACUACAGAAGAUGUUCUCUCACUGUCCAGAGUACUACAACCAAGUGCACACAGAGAUCUCGCGAGAAGGAGCCAGAGUUCUUGCUUUGGGUUAUAAAGAGCUUGGUCAUCUCUCCCAUCAGCAGAUACGUGAAAUAAAGCGGGAGACGCUGGAGUGUGAUCUGAGGUUUGCUGGUUUCAUUGUGGUCUCCUGCCCACUUAAAGCUGACUCAAAAGCUGUUAUCAAGGAGAUCCAGAACGCAUCCCACCAUGUGGUGAUGAUAACUGGUGACAAUCCUCUCACUGCCUGUCAUGUGGCUCAAGAGCUUAGUUUUAUUGAGAAACAGGACACAUUAAUCCUACAGCCUGCACAGGAUUUGAAAGAUGCCAGCUGGGUGUGGCGGUCUAUCGAUGGCACAGUGUCCUUGCCAGCCUUUCCUGAUACUGUGAAGUCAUUCACUGAAAAGUACUACCUAUGCCUAACUGGAGAGGGUCUGUCUUACCUGCAGACCACAAGAGGGGAUCUGUUGAAUGCACUUAUUCCACACACCCAGGUGUUUGCACGGGUGUCCCCGAAGCAGAAGGAGUUUGUGAUUACCAGUCUAAAGGAGCUGGGCUAUGUUACAUUGAUGUGUGGAGAUGGAACCAAUGAUGUGGGGGCUUUAAAACAUGCAAAUGUGGGGGUGGCCUUGCUUGCCAAUGCACCAGAACGGUUGCCAGAGAAGAAGAAGCAGAAACGGGAAGUGGUUGGUGAUGGCAGACCAAUGCCCCCACACUCUAGUAACUCAAUUAAGCCCACAUCCCGAGCAGCUAAAAACAGAAUCAUGUCACAGCGAGAGGAACAGCAUGCUCUACAACGGGAGUUGGAGGAGGAUCAGGUGCAAGUAGUCAAGCUGGGAGAUGCGAGUAUUGCUGCUCCAUUUACGUCAAAGCUGUCCUCUAUCCAGUGCAUCUGCCAUGUUGUCAAGCAAGGCCGUUGUACCCUGGUAACAACGCUGCAGAUGUUUAAAAUCCUGGCACUGAAUGCCCUCAUCUUGGCCUACGGACAGAGUGUUCUUUAUCUGGAGGGGGUGAAGUUCAGUGACUUUCAAGCAACACUUCAGGGGCUUCUUUUGGCUGGCUGCUUUCUCUUCAUCUCCCGAUCCAAGCCUCUAAAAUACCUCUCCAGGGAACGUCCUCUGCCCAACAUCUUCAACCUGUACACCAUCCUGACUGUGAUUUUACAGUUCCUGGUCCACUUCUGCAGUCUUAUCUAUUUAUACAGGGGAGCAAUGGAGAGAACAGAAGCCAGGAAGGAAGAAUUUGUGGAUUUGUAUAAGGAGUUUGAGCCAAGUUUGGUGAACAGCACGGUGUAUAUCAUGUCCAUGGCUAUGCAGAUGGCCACAUUUGCUAUUAAUUAUAAGGGCCAUCCAUUUAUGGAGAGUUUACGAGAAAACAAACCCCUGCUGUGGAGUAUCGUGUUAUCAGGAAUGGCCAUUUUGGGCCUUCUGUCUGGUACAUCUCCAGAGUUUAAUGAGCAGUUCGGCCUUGUGGACAUACCGGUGGAGUUCAAGCUGGUGAUUGCCAAAGUUCUGUUAUUGGAUUUCUGCUUGGCCUGGGUGGUAGACCGAAUCCUCCAGUACUUCCUCGGGAGCUGUAAACUCAAAGUGCCUUCUUGA